UCAUGAUCACAUGACUGUGGACAUGGACGCUGUCCUGUCCGACUUCGUCCGCUCCACGGGGGCGGAGCCAGGGCUGGCCCGGGACUUGCUGGAAGGUAAGAACUGGGACCUGACGGCGGCCCUGAGCGACUUCGAGCAGCUGCGGCAGGUGCAUGCUGGGAACCUGUCCUACGUUUUAGGGGGGGAGCGGGGAUUCCGCCCCCCCCAGGAGAGGGAGGCGGCCAGGGCGGGCCGGCCCAUGCUCCAACGGCAGGACGACGUCGUGCAAGAGAAGCGCCUCUCCAGGGGCAUAUCCCACGCCAGCUCCACCAUCGUCUCCCUGGCCCGCUCGCACGUGUCCGCGCCCGGGGGCGGGGCCAGCAGCGAGGCCCUCCUGGACACGCCCCUCUGCACCUUCCAGCUGCCCGACCUCACCGUGUACCCCGAGGACUUCCGCGGCUUCGUCGAGCGCGACCUCAUCGAGCAGUCCAUGCUGGUGGCCCUGGAGCAAGCCGGUCGCCUGAACUGGUGGACGCGCGUGGGGGCCAGCUGCCAGAGCCUGUUGCCCCUGGCGACCAGCGGGGACGGAAACUGCCUGCUGCACGCUGCCUCCCUGGGGAUGUGGGGGUUCCACGACCGGGACCUGAUGCUGCGGAAGGCCCUGUACGCCCUCAUGGACCACGGCGAGGAGAGGGACGCACUGCAGCGCCGGUGGAGGUGGCAACAGACGCAGCAGAACAAGGAGUCGGGCCUAGUCUAUACAGAAGACGAGUGGCAGAAGGAGUGGAACGAGCUUCUGAAGCUGGCCUCCAGUGAGCCACGGAUACACUUCAGCACCAACGGCAGCAGCAGCAACUGCACGGGGGUGGAGUCGUCGGAGGAGCCCGUGUACGAGAGCCUGGAGGAGCUGCACGUUUUCGUCCUGGCCCACGUGCUGAGGAGGCCCAUCGUGGUGGUGGCCGACACCAUGCUGAGGGAUUCUGGGGGAGAGGCGUUCGCGCCCAUCCCUUUCGGCGGGAUCUACCUGCCCCUGGAGGUGCCGGCCGCCAAGUGCCACCGCUCGCCGCUGGUCCUGGCGUACGACCAGGCCCACUUCUCCGCCCUGGUCUCCAUGGAGAGGCAGGACAGCGCCAAAGUGCAAGCGGUCAUCCCGUUGCUGGACUCGGAGCACAGGCUGCUGCCGCUGCACUUCGCCGUGGACCCCGGGAGGGGCUGGGAGUGGGGCAAGGACGACGGCGACAACGUCAAGCUGGCCAGUGUCACCUUGUCCCUGGAGGCGAAACUCCACCUACUGCACAGCUACAUGACCGUCACCUGGCUGCCCCUGCCCUGUGACACGCAGGCCCCGCUGGCUCAGCCCGAGUCUCCCGCAGCCUCUCCGGGGGACGACGCUCGCUCUCCUCCCGACUCGGGCGAGUCCGACAAGGAGUCCGUGUGCAGCAGCUCCAACGGCAACGGCGGGGGCGUGGCCAGCGUCGCCGGGGGCGGGGUCAACGGGAGCGGGGCGGAAGCCAAGGCGGGCGGGGCCGGAGGCGGAGGAGAAGGCGGGGGAUCGUCUAGCUCCUCCUCCAGCACCUCCUCCAGCUCCUCGAGUUCCAGCUUCGGGGGAGUGGGCGCGGGUGCGAGCGGGAAGGACAAGGCCAAGGACAAGGACAAGAGGAAGGCGGACUCGGUGGCCAACAAGCUGGGCAGCUUCGGGAAGAGCCUGGGCAGCAAGCUGAAGAAGAACGUGGGCGGGCUGAUGCCGGGGAAGGCGGCGGCCGGGGGCGGGGCCAAGGCGGCGGGGGGGGAGGGGCAGGAGAAGAAGACGAAGAAGGGCUCGCUGAAGGUGCAGGCGGACACCCGGGACGGGUCCCCGAGCGACGGCGGCCGGGGGGGCGGCUGCGGCUCGGGGGGGUCAGGGAAGGGCUCACCGUCGCCGGGCGGCGAGCGGCGGAAGGGGGCGGAGCCCUGCCGCUACGGCUCGGACGUGAAGCUGAGCCUGACCGCCAUGCGGGCCGCCAUGCAGGGCGACAGGAAGUUCGUCUUCGCCGCCAUGCUCGCCGCCAGCGGCCGCCAGCCCUUCCAGGAGGAGAUGAUCCAGAGCUACCUGGCCGACGCCCAGGACCGCUUCCGCGCCGAGCAGGAGCAGCGGCGGGGGGGCGGAGCCUCGGCGGGCGGGGCCCCGCCGCCGGCCGCCAACGGGACGGCGUCCAGGAAGGAGGUGGCCGUGUACCGUUGCCAUGACUUCAAGCCCGAGGACCCGCCCGAGGCGCCCGCCCCCUCCCUCGCCCACCUCAAACCCUACACCAUCCCCCGCCCCACCCUCAUAGCCCCCGCCCCCGCCGCGAGCCCCGCCCACAACCCCGCCCGCCUCCCCCCGCCCAGCUACCUGGAGACGCGGCGGCUGCAGGCCGGGGGGUCCCCCUCUUCGUACCCGGGGCUGCCCUCCUACGCCACCCUCCCCCGCCACUGCCCCCUGCAGCACCCGCGGUACCGCAUCCCCGCCUCGUCCCUGCCCCCCGGCCCCGGCCCGGCCCCGCCCCCGGACCGCGACCCCCCCGACUACCUGUCGUCGGGCGCGCCCGCCGUCCGCCACUUCUCGCUGGGCAGCGCGGGGGGGCUGGCGGGGCUGCAGGCCCGCUGCAGGAUGCCCGCCUGCAACUUCUACGGGCACCCGGAGACGGGCAACUACUGCUCCUGCUGUUACCGCGAAGCACGGAGGAGGGGCGGGGCCGAAACCCCCGUGCACAGGUUCUGAAACGGGACGACCCCCCCCCCCCAACCCCAACCCC